AUGGUGAGAAAAGAAGUGAUAAAGUGGCUGGAUGCAGGUGUAGUUUAUCCAAUUUCUGACGGCAUAUGGGUUUUUCAUGUGCAAUGUGUAUCAAAAAAGGAUGGUGCUAUUGUGGUGACGAAUGACAAGAAUGAGUUGAUCCCAACAGGAAUAGUCAUGGCUACCUUUCGGAGAUACAUGAUGGUCAUAUUCUAUGAUUUGGUGGAAGAGUUCAUUGAGAUUUUCAUGGACAAUUUCUCAGUGUUUGGUGAGGCUUUUGAGUUGUGUUUGAAGAAUCACGACAGAUUAUUUGCUCGCUAUGAAGAAAACCAACUUAGUGUUGAAUUGGGAGAAAUGUCAUUUCUUGCUGAGAUAAGUGAAAGGGGUAAGAAGUUUUCUGAGACAUGCACAUUUCUACAAGCGAUUCAUCAGGGAUUUCUCCAAGUUUUCCAUAACUAUGUGCGAGGUCUAUUGGAGAAGGAGGUGAAAUUUCAGUUUGAUGAGAGUUGCAUCAUGGCAUUUGAGGUGCUGGAGAAGAAUUUUAUUGAAGCUCCAAUCCUCAUUGCUCCUAGUUGUGAGACGCCUUUUGAGUUAAUGUAUGAUGCUAGUGAUGUGGUUGUGGGUGUAGUGCCUGGACAGAGGAAGGACAAAGUCUUCCAUUCCAUCUACUAUGGCAGCAAAAAUUCGGACUCUGCUCAAGUGAAAUACAUUGUGACUGAAAAGGAGAUGCUUUCUUUAGUCUUGGCAUAUGACAAGUUCAUGUCAUACUUGAUGAAAACAGUUAUGUUCAUAAAACUUUUAGGUACCUGA